UCUCUUUCUCUUUCUAUUCUCUUCAUAUUUAUUUCAAGAGCUAGCUUGAUUGCUUGCUUAAGAAUAAUUAUAACUUGAAGCUAUAGAAAAAAAUUAGGUCUAAGUUUUGAUACUGUUAUUGUUGAAGUAGUGAAGAGUUUUGAGAUGGCGACUUCGAGCGGCGGUGUGCCACCGGGGUUCAGGUUUCAUCCGACGGAUGAAGAGUUGCUGCAUUACUACUUGAGGAAGAAGGUGUCGUUUCAGAAGUUUGAGAUGGAGGUGAUUAGAGAAGUGGACUUGAACAAGAUGGAGCCUUGGGAGUUGCAAGAGAGAUGCAAGAUUGGAUCCACGCCACAAAACGAGUGGUAUUUUUUCAGUCACAAGGACAGGAAGUACCCGACGGGAUCGAGAACGAACCGAGCAACGAACGCGGGAUUUUGGAAGGCAACUGGGAGAGACAAGUGCAUAAGAAACAGCUACAAGAAAAUUGGAAUGAGGAAAACCCUAGUUUUCUACAGAGGAAGAGCUCCCCAUGGCCAGAAAACUGAUUGGAUCAUGCAUGAAUAUCGACUUGAAGAUGGUGAUGAUGCCCAAGGAAACCUCAGUGAAGAUGGGUGGGUGGUAUGCAGGGUGUUCAAGAAGAAGAACUUAUUCAAAGUCGGGAACGAAAACUCAAACAUGAACUCAGCGUCCUCUGAUCACCAUCACCAUCAUCAUCAACUCAACAAUUCAUCAAACCCUAAUCACUCUCGCUUCAUCCACAGAGAAAGCCAAUACCUAAUUCGCCAACACCACAAUCAACAACAAUCAUUUGAACUCAACAAACCAGCUGAACUUGCCCUACAUUACCCCAUCCCCACACCUCCUCAAUACUCUCUUUUCCAGUCCCAAACCCUAGUCCCAAACUUCUCAAAUCUCCCCUCGGACUCGCCGAUGGUGAAGCAACUCAUGUCAAACCCUAGUCGCGAUGGUGGCGAGAGUGGCAAUGAGAGCCUUAGGUACCAUCACCACCAAAGUUGUGAGCCGGGGCUAGAAGUUGGGACUUGUGAACCCACACCUCAUCAUAUGGUUGUGGCGGCGAGAGAUGAUCAAGGCGGCUUGACCGAUUGGACAAUGCUCGACCGGUUGGUUUCUGACGAUUCCACGACGAAAGGGGUGAGAUUUGAAGAUGCAAGUCAUCAAAUUAAUCAGCUUUCUUUGCGGGGGGAGAUGAACUUUUGGGGGUAUGAAAAAUAGUUGUUAUUGUACGUGUAAUAUGGUGUUUGAUGAUUUGGUUUGAUUAUUAUUUUGUGGUUUGAA